AAAUUAAACGGUUUCGAUUAUGAAAUUAGUAAAUAGGGCAAGAAUUUAUUUUGCAUUCUAGUUGGUCUGGGAUAGUAGCAGGAGAGUAUCUCGUUGAUUCGUUAUCAACAACAAACAGCAAUGGCGAUUCUCAACUCUUAUCUCUCAGUGACGUCCACAGCCACACCCAUCUCCCCAGACUCAGCAACUCCACCCGUACCCGACCCGCAGACCAAGAUCCUAUUGCCCAAGAAGAAGCCUAUGAAAUGGUCCACCGGGGUCGCUCCCGGCGAUUACGGCGGACCUCCGACCACCACCAAGCUCCGGAAGUACUGGGGCGGCGAGGAUGACCCUCUCACCUCUGACGAUUUCAUUUGGAACAGAGAAUUCAUGGACCGCAUGAAAAAACUCAUUCAGGAACCCAAUUCUUCCAUUCAAUCCACUCCUGUCAAGGAGAAGCCUUCCGGGUUUCUCAGCAUAAAUAGAGUCAUGAGCCUUGACAGUUUAGAUGUUGAUUUGAGCAAACAACUCACUGCUGCUCCUGCCCAGCCCAAGUUGGAACCGCAAGUUGAGGCUCCGGCUAAAAGUGCCAGCGGUACUGCUAUCAAAUGGAAAUUGGCACCAACACGGCGUGAACAAGAUAAGUGGGAUAGAGCAACUAAGGCUGCAACUGGAGGCAGUGAAGUGAUGUUUCGGGAAUUAAGGCGUUCUCGGGAGGACCCAAAAGUAGUAGCUGAGCAGUAUAGGAAGCAGUAUUUUAAGUUAAAGAAGAGGUUGCAAUUCCUUACACUGGGUAUAGGCGGUGUUGGAUUAGUCUCAGCCUAUGUUUCAUAUUCCCCUGAAAUUACAGCUAGCUACAGUGUUGGGUUGCUUGGUUCUAUAGUUUACAUGCGUAUGCUGGGGAGUAGCGUGGAUUCCAUGGCAGAUGGAGCAAGGGGACUUCUCAAGGGAGCGAUUGGGCAACCCAGGCUAUUGGUUCCUGUUGUAUUAGUCAUGAUAUUUAACCGAUGGAAUGGGAUCGUCGUUCCACAAUAUGGGUUUAUGCACCUGGAAUUGAUACCAAUGCUGGUGGGAUUCUUCACAUACAAGGUUGCUACUUUUAUCCAAGCUAUUGAGGAAGCACUUCCUGCAGUUGAGAAAGAGACAUAAGUUUAAGAUAGACCUCUUCACAAAUCAGCAGAGGAUUCGGGUGAUGGUUGUGAUGCAGCAGGUGCAGAGAUAAUCGGUUGCACUUGUUGACAAGUUGCUUGGAAGUGAAGCUAUGCGCAGCGAAUUAAAAGGAAUUAUUAACUCAUUUUUUCUGUUGAUUUUCUUAUGUAUUAUAUGAAUAUUGUAAAGGAAAGAAAUAUAAUACAAUUCUCUACGAUUUUGCCUCU